AUGACACAAGGAAAUGGCACUGAAGUGACUGAAUUCUACCUUCUAGGAUUUGGUGCCCAACGUCAGUUUCAGAUCAUCUUCUUCAUUGUGUUUCUCAUGAUCUACGUGACGUCCACGGUGGGGAAUACUGGAAUGAUCCUACUCAUCAGGACAGAUGCCAGACUCCAAACACCCAUGUACUUUUUCCUACAACAUCUGGCCUUUGUUGACAUCUGUUACACGACAGCUAUCACUCCCAAGAUGCUGCAAAACUUCAUCACAGAAAACAAGUCCAUAUCAUUUAGUGGAUGCUUAAUGCAAUUACUGGUCUAUGCAAACUUUGCUACCAGUGACUGCUACCUCCUGGCAGCAAUGGCAGUUGACCGUUACGUAGCCAUCUGUAAGCCUCUUCACUAUUCCAUCAUCAUGUCUCAGACAGUCUGCAUCCAGAUGGUAGCUGGUUCAUACCUCAUGGGAUCAAUAAAUGCCUCUGUACAAACGGGUUUUACAUUUUCACUGUCCUUCUGUCAGUCCAACAUCAUUGAUCACUUUUUCUGUGAUGUUCCCCCAAUUCUCAUGCUAUCAUGCUCCAACAUUGACAUCAACAUCCUGGUACUUACUGUGUUUGUGGGAUUUAACUUGACGUUCACUGUGUUAGUCGUCACCUUGUCCUACAUUUACAUCCUGACCACCAUCCUGAAGAUGUCUUCUACAGCAGGGAGGAAGAAGACCUUCUCCACCUGUGCCUCCCACCUGACAGCAGUCACCAUUUUCUAUGGCACCCUUGCUUACAUGUACUUACAGCGUCAUUCUGAGAAUGCCCAAGAGAAUAUGAAAGUGGCCUCUGCAUUUUAUGGCAUUGUCAUUCCCAUGUUGAACCCCCUGAUCUACAGUCUGAGAAACAAGGAGGUGAAAGAAGCUUUAAAAGUGGUGGCCAAAAAGCUCUUUUAG